AUGGAUCCCAACAACGAGCAUGGAGAGAAGCGGUACCUGAUCCUGCGCACAGCAGACGGAUCUCCACUUCCAACCAAUCCCUGGAUCCUGAGCGAAACGGUAAAGCGCAUACAAGGUAAGGUAGUAAACGGUAGGCUGAUCAGCCCCUCAACUUAUUUGAUAGAAACACGAUCCGAACACACCUACACUAACCUCCAAACGGUCACGAAACUGCUUAACAAUGUGGCGGUCGUUGUCGAGCCGCAUCCCACGUACAACAACGUAAAGUUCGUGUUCACGUGUGGCUCGAUAGCCUCGCUCACCGUGGACGAAAUAAAGGCCCAUCUCGAGGAAGAUAAUGUCACCGACGUAUAUCGGUUCACGCGCAAGUCGGAUGGCAAAUCGGUGCCCACGAACUCAUAUGUAGUGACAAUGCAGGCAGUGAAAAUCCCUGAAUAUAUCUACAUCGGCAUGGAGCGCAUCAAGACUCGCGUCUACUAUCCACGUCCAAUGCGCUGCAACACGUGCUUGCAGUUUGGCCACACCAAAAACAAUUGCAAAAAUGGCGAAACCUGCGCAACGUGUGGCGAAAAAACCCAUGGUCCGUGCACACUGCCGGCAAAAUGCACAAACUGCGGUGGAGCACACAGUGCUUUCGACACCAACUGCCCCAAGUACAAACAAGAAGCUCAGUUGAUAAAACUGAAAAUCGACCACAACUGCUCCUACCGUGAAGCCAAGCAGAUGAUCGACAGUUCCUCUGGACCAAAACAAACGCUAGCUAGCACGGUGCAGCAGCGUAUAAACGUAGCGCAAGCCGUCGAUCCGAAAGAUCAAAUUAUAAUCAGCCUCACGCAAACGAUCGAAAAUCUGAACAAGCAGAUCGCACGACUAAACACUCGCAUCGACGAACUGCAGCAAACAGCAAACUGA